GCGCAGGUCCUUCUGCGCAAAGUGUGCGCAGACUUGACGCGCUCAUCUCUCCCUGCGUGUUGAGGAGUGGGACACACGCGCAUACGCACGCGCGCACAUACAACACUGACAGCCAUCCGAAAGCUUUUCUUCCUCUGCAAUGCCGUGACUGACUCGAUCUCAAAUGGCUCUCUACCCGCUUCCAUGAGCAUCUUCCAUGAGGAGCCGUCGCUGCUUCAUCGCUUGAAACCGGCGCUUAUUUUGCAAGUCGACGUCCCACCGGGUGUUUUUGGCCCUCAUCCGCGGUCACGUUUGCGCAUCCUCAUCCUCUUCACGCGCUUCGUGCCCUAUAAGACCCGCAACACAUCCUCCUCGAGUCCCCCCUUAACAAAAACAAAUUCUUACACAGCAAUGUGUCCGUGUGCGACGAUGCUGGCGACCGCUGUCUUUCUCGGAAAUGUAAUGCUACAAUAUGUGUCGUCUCAAAACGCUGGGUUUGUGAAGUCGCCCAUGUCUGAGACAAAGCUCACGGGAGACACCUUUGAGCUGUACUGUGACGUGGUUGGUAACCCCACGCCGGAGAUCCAGUGGUGGUACGCCGAGAUAAACCGCGCCGACUCCUUCAAGCAGCUGUGGGAUGGCGCCCGGAAGCGGCGCGUCUCCAUCAACACGGCCUACGGCAGCAACGGCGUGAGCGUACUGGGUGUCACGCGCGUCACGCUCGAGGACUCCGGAACCUACGAAUGCCGGGCCAGUAACGACCCGCGCCGCAACGACCUGCGCCAAAACCCCGCCAUCGCCUGGAUCCGAGCUCAGGCCACCAUUUCCGUGUUGCAGAAGCCAAAGAUCAAUGCUUCUGAUCAGGAAGUUUUACCGGCUAAAAAGCCACAGGAAGACAAUCCUCCUGUUACCUUACAGUGUAACCUAACCAACGCUCACACCGCCCACCGGGAAAGCUUCUGGAUGAAGAAUGGACAAGAAAUCCCGAAUACAAGAAAAGGACUGAAAAACACAGAGCUUACACUCACCAAACCAAGAGCGGAAGACGCAGGAGAGUAUAUGUGCGUGUAUACUUUUGACAAGGCCCCCAAUGCCAACGCGUCCAUCGAAGUCAAAGCGGCUCCUGAAAUCAUUGGCCACAAGCGAAGCGAGAAUAAAAAAGAAGGAGAAAGCGCUUCCUUGUACUGCAAAUCUGUGGGAUACCCACAUCCCAUCUGGACAUGGCAGAAAAAAGUCAGCCAGGGAUCAUACGUAGACAUUGACAACAGUACUGGACGCUUCUUGAUCGUGAAAGAAGGCAAUUUCACACAACUGAACGUUACAAAUCUUGACAUUAGUACAGACCCUGGCGAGUAUGUCUGCAGCGCCUCAAACGUCAUUGGGACUAAAGAAUCGACGUCUAUUCUGCGGGUGCGUAGUCACCUGGCCCCACUCUGGCCUUUCCUCGGUGUGUUGGCAGAAAUCCUGAUCCUGGUGGUCAUCAUCGUGGUUUACGAGAAACGCAAGAGGCCAGACGAGGUGCCAGACGAUGAUGAACCAGCUGGAUCAAUGAAAACCAAUUCUACUAACAACCACAAAGACAAAAACCUGAGACAACGUAACACCAACUGAACAAAUACAGCAAAUAAUAAUACUGACUGCACAUCUUGACCGUAUGAAGGUAUUCAAGGAGAGCGGAAACUCCUGGCCAUUUCUAAUAAAGCAUAUCCUGCCUCACGGCCAACGAAACAGCAACAGCAUAUCACUGGCAGAAAAGAACAAUAAGGACUGUCUUAAAGCAUGCCUUAUUCAGUCUUAUGGUUUGUGAUGUGAGUAUGUGUGGGCACAAUUGAUCCCCAGUUCAUUCAAAAGGUGUGCACAUUAUUUUUACUCUUCUGUGCUGUUCUUUUCCUUUCAUCAUGUCAUCCUUCUGAGGCGAUCCUUUUGCAUACUUGCAUAUCGUGUCGAAUGCAUGCAGUAACAUAACCUAAUAACACGCCAUUUUUUUCUAUUGUUAUCCCUUUGUGUGGUGUUACUUCAGAGGAUUACCCUAAGUGUGUUUUUUUGUUGUUGUUUGUUUGGGGUUUUUUUUUAUUUUUUUUUUUAUUUAAGAAAUUCAAAGUGAGAUAAAAAGUCAGAUCCACUCAUUGAGUUCUUUGUACAGUUUAUCAUCAGCUCAUGAAAUUAAACAAAGGUGUUCUAUGUAAAGCUGGACUGCAAGAGCCUAGCUGUGACUGGCAGAGCAGUAUUUAAUCACGGAGAACUGUCUAUGUAUUAAAGAAUUUUAAAAGAUCAAUAAAGAUUAAUUAUUUUCUAGAAUUACCUAGAUGUCUUGUACAGGUUGAGCUGUAAGUGUUCGAAUAUUAUAAUAGCAUAUCUGUAAAAAGUGAAGAAGUUUUUUAAUCUUCUAUGUCCUCUGACCUUGUUUCUUUUUAGUCAGAUAUAAAUCUUGUAUAGCAUGGCUAUUAUCCUAUGCAAUAUGUAUUCAAAUAGAAUUAAUGGCAACUGUACACUGGGCCGCGUUUGUGUCGACGAAUUUCAGAGACUAAGCUUUAAUGUUGUGGGAUCAUCGGGAUGCAGGAACAGCAUAAAUGCACUGCUGUAGUUGCAUGACUACUUCUCUUCAAGAAAACGAUGUAUCAGUGUGUUGCGGUACAACUGGACCAAUAAGUAAAGAUGGCAUCUGCUGGAGCUAAAGCCAUUACAAUAAUAUGUGAGACCAACUGUUCUUUUUAAAAUAAAGGCUCGAAAAUAUGAA